CUGGAAGCUAACAAGCCACAACCAACGCAAAGCCACGCCCACCUGUCCAUCUGCCCAAUGAGCGCGAAGCAGGGUGUAGCUUGUCAGACGGAGACUCUCCAACUGCAAACCUUAUGGCCGGUGACGUCACUGGGGUUGGAGAAACCGGAAGCUGUGUGUGUGAGAAUUGUUUUGUUGCCUGUUCAGGUUUGUUGUGUGCAAGGCUGGUCCAUAGGAGGCACCGGCUCAGCCUAUAAUAAUAGUAAUACUAAUAAUAAUACCGUGCGGGUUAUUAGUGUUUAUUAAUGUGCAGUCAUAGAGCAGGGGGCAUUCUGCUCACACAUGUACUCUUACAUGUCUAGUGAUGUCCAUGGUGUGUGAUGUCCAGCCAUCACUGAGGGAGUGAGUGAGUGACACAUGGCUGUCUGCCAGGGGGGCUGAAGGCAGCACAGACAGGGCUUCCCAGGAUCUCAGAGAGUGGGUGAUUGCAGUUAUCCUCAGCCCUCUCUCUGUAUUCACUAAUAUAUAAAAUAUAAUAAAUCACAUUAUUAAUAUCUGUCAGGUUUGCUGGGGAUUGAUAUUUAAUGUUGGAUAUUGUAUGCUGUGUGAUUGUAUUUUGGUUUAUGUAGCAAGGAUGGUAUAGAACUCUUAUAGAGUUACAGUGAUAAUUAGUAAAUUGUGUAUUUAUCAGAAUUUUAGUGGCAUGCUCUGAGCAUGUCUGCCUCUGUGUAGCAUAGGGGUGGUGUUGUUUAUGCUAUUGUCCUAUUAAUCCUGUGAAGGAGCCAUCCACCUGACUAGCUUUCACAGACUCGUUUUAGUUAAGAGAAAAAGGAAAGGUUGUCAUUUAGUAUCCUUAAAAUGCCAUGUACCUGUGGGAACUGGAGAAGAUGGAUUCGGCCACUUGUUGUGUUGCUGUAUGUCAUUGGGCUCAUAGUAGGAAUUCCAGUAUGUAUUUGGCAACUUCAGAAAAUGGAGGUACGUUUUCCUUUUAUUCCAAGAUGUUACUUAAUAGCCCCAUUACAAAUAACAUUUCACUUUCAUAUCCAUGGUGUUUGGGGUAUUACAUGUAGGGAAUUACAUAUACUGUGAUUUUUAUUUUUGUUAUUACCUAGUAUGCAUUUUCUAUAGUUUAUCUAUUUGUACUAGAAUUUAUUUUUCUUUGGCAAGUGGUUCAAAAUUUGUUAUGCAUUUUCUGGUUUUGGCCUUCUUUAGAAUGCUCUGAUACUACUUCUUCAAUAUAUGUUUUGUUUAUUAUCUAAACAUGGUUAUGGGCAAUAAGUGUUGUUUAAGGCAUUAUUAAUAAAAUUAUUUCUCAAACAUUAUUUCUAAUAAAAUUUCAGAUCAAUAAAUGCUUGAAAACAAAAAGGCAUUGCUUACAUCUUAUAAAAUCAGACGUUAUGUUGUUAAUUGUGCAGAACACAUUCCCUUUCAUGGAAAAUCUAUAUUAGUAUCUGCAUGACUUGUGUGUGUUUUGUUUCAAAAAGUAUCUCUCUACAUUUUUAUAUUCACACUUUUCACAUUUCUUUACUUUUGUUGUUUCAAACCAAAAGGUUUAAACUUUAUGGUUUUGUGGACACCCCUAAUGUACUCUAGGGGCUGUAUCAUUCUCUUUUUUUUUUUUUUUCUUUUUUUUUUAAAUAUGUGCUGCAGCUAUAAAACUACCCCCUGGAUCAAGUGCUGCAGAGCUUUGUUCUGAAGAGCUCAUUGAAUUGAAGCGUGGUACUGUGAUCGGAUAACAUAUUUGCAAUAAGUAAAGUUUGUGAAAUUUCAUCCCUGCUACAUAUUCCAUGGUCAACUGUAAGUGGUAUUAUUGCAGAGUGACCAUGUAAAGUCACAGAGUGCUGAGGCGAAUAUUGCGUUAAAGUCAACAAACCUUCUGAUGAUUCCGUAGCUGAAGCGUUCCAAACUGGCAUUCAUAUCAGCCUCACAACUGUGCGGCAGGAGCUUCAUGGAAUCGGUUUCCAUGGCCAUGUAACUGCCUGCAAGACUCAAAUCACCAAGUGCAAUACCAAGCUUCGGAUCAAGUUGUGUAAAGCAUGCCGCCACUGUAUUGGGGAGUUUGAAAGUCUGAUGGCGGAGUCUGGAACGUGACAGGACAACGUUACCUGCCUGACAUCGUGGUGCCAUUUGUAAAGUUUGACAGAGGAGGGAUAAUGGUAUGGGGCUGUUUUCAAGGGCUAGACUAGGCCUCUUACUCCCAGUGAAGAGAAAUCUUAAUGCUUCAGCAUACCAAAGCAUUUUGGAUGAUUCUAUGCUUCCAACUUUGUGGGAACAGUUUGGGGAGGGCCCUUUUUUAUUACAACAUGACGGUGCCCCAAUGCACGAAGCAAGAUCCAUAAAUACAUGGUUGGAUGAGUUUGGUGUGUUAGAACUUGACUGGUCCGCACAGAACUCUUGACAUUAACCCCAUCGGACACCUUUGGGAUGAACUGGAAUGGAGAUUGCAUUGAUGUCUGGCCUUCUCGUCCAUCAUCAGUACCUGAUGUCACAAAUGCUCUACUGGAUGAAUGGGUAAAAAAUCCUACAGAAAUAUUCCACAAUGUUGUGGAAAGUCUGCUCAGAGUUGAAGUUGCUAUAGUUGCAAAGGGGGACCACUACAGAUUAAUAUCUACACAUUUAGAAUGCAAUGUCAUAAAAGUCCCUGUUGGUGUAAUGGUUAGGUUUCCCGAUACUUUCGUCGAUAUAGUGUAUGUGAAUAAGCUGGUCUUUGCACUUAAGAACCUCUGACAAGUACUAUCAAAUAGUAUUUUAUCCAUUAUUUUUUGUAUACAUUAUUGUUUUUGUGAGGUGGUCAAGAAAAGCUUCUCUCAUAGAUAUGAGUUCCUCCUGUCAGUUAAAGGACCACUAUAGUGCCCUGAGGGUGCCCCCUCCCGCCGGGCUCUGGGGAGAGGAAAGGGUUUAAUCUUACCUUUUUUCCAGCGCCGGGCGGGGAGCUCUCCGCCUCCGAUCUUCCUCUUCGGCUGAAUUUGCAUGCGCUGCAUUCAGCCAGUCUCAUAGGAAAGCAUUCAUAAUGCUUUCCUAUGGACGCAGGCGUCUUCUCACUGUGAAAAUCACACUAGAGGCUUUAGAGGCUGGAUUAACCCAUUUAUAAACAUAGAAGUUUCUCUGAAACUGCUAUGUUUUUAUAUAAAAAAAAGGGUUAAUCCUAGAGGGACCUGGCACCCAGACCACUUCAUUAAGCUGAAGUGGUCUGGGUGCCUAGAGUGGUCCUUUAAGAUGUAACAAAUGUUUUAUGGCAACCCGAAACAACGUAAUAAAUCUGAACCUGCUGCGUUCUAACGUCCUUUUGGCUGGCAUACUGUUUGGUGAUACUUUUCAAGGGCUGAAAAGAUCUAAGGGUAAACAAAUACAGGGCUUUGGUUAACCCUUACUAUAUCAUAACUUUGUUUAGGAGGACUCCUAUAUCCGCCUGACACUUAUAAAAAUCCAGAUCAAUAAAUGCUUGAAAACAAAGGCAUUGCUUACAUCUUAUAAAAUCGGACUUUAUGAUGGUAAUUAUGCAUAACAUAUACCCCUUCAUGGAAAAUCUAUUUUAGUAUCUGCAUUAUCUGUGUGUUUCUUGUGAACCUCUCCUGAUUUUGAGCAUGACCAGUGAGUCACUGAACAUGCACCUAUAAUACCACAUGUUCACAAACUUGAAAAAAACAGAUCUGUUCCUACAUAAUUUGAGCAAAGUUAAAAAAUGUUAUGACCGGUAAAAAUAAUAUAAUGUGCAAAAUAUAAUAUACUAAUAAGAUAUAAAUGUUUUUCUGUACUAAAAUACACCAGUAACUUUUUAUAAGUUGCUAGCUUGUAGACAAUGCUUUUAAUGUUUCAUAAUUCUAAAAAUGUUUUGUGAAUCCAAAGUAAUAUUGAAACAAAUACCAAUUUCUUCUUGUUAUUUGUUUGUAUGGUCUAUAUAACAACAGCAAAAAAUGAUGUUACCUGUUUUAUUUCUCUAAUACAGGUUGGAGUACAUACCAAGGCAUGGUUUAUUGCUGGGAUUUUUGUACUAAUGACCAUACCAAUUUCUCUCUGGGGAAUAUUGCAACAUCUGGUUCAUUAUACACAGCCUGAAUUGCAGAAACCAAUAAUAAGGUGAUUCAUAUUACAAAUAUGUUCUGUUAAAAGGUUGAUACGGGAGCAGGCAAUGUCUGCUGUUCUCUACAGUUGACAGGUUCUCUUGUGAUGUUCUGCAAGUCAGGUGACUGGCAGAGCAUCAUGGAAUAUGUCACCUACAACAUCUGGAAUGACAGUUGUUGCCUGCUCUUGCCCUAAUGAUAGCUAAACAUUCCUUAACAUAUGCUUUUCUUUUCAUAGGAUAUUGUGGAUGGUGCCAAUUUACAGCUUAGAUAGUGUAAGUAUUUUAUCUUUAUUAAUAUACAACAUAACACGUUCCUGGCACUUAUCGCUUGUUUGCUUUUAUUUUUUAUUGUACUUAUUGUUAUCAUAAAAACACUUGUUCCUGGUUGUUGUACUAAUAGGAAGUAAGUAGUAAUUGCAGAUUGAAAACCAUUACUAAUUUUAGGCUGAGUGCACAAGCAGGAAAUAUAGUUAUUUGUAAAUCUGUUAGCUACUUCACUACUAAGUCUGGACUGUUUUAAAUCCUUAAGGACACAAGUUCAGAAGCUUGUCUUCACAAGUAUUUUUUCCAGUAUGUGUUUUAACUACAAUUUGCAUCAUUCUCAUUUAUUGCACCAAAGCAUAUUAUAUACCAUUAUUUUAGAAGGACAAAACAGACUACAGGCUUUAAUUUGAUGUGACAUACAGUGGGGGGGGGAGUAUUUGAUCCCCUGCUGAUUUUGAACGUUUGUCCACUGACAGAGAAAUGAUCAGUCUAUAAUUUUAAUGGUAGGUGUAUUUUAACAGUGAGAGACAGAACAACAAAACAAAAAAAUCCAGAUAAAUGCACGUCAAAAAAGUUAUAAAUUGAUUUGCAUGUCAAUGAGGGAAAAAAGUAUUUGAUCAGUUAGCAAGAUUUCUGGCUCCCAUGUGUCUUUUAUACAGGUAACGAGCUAAGAUUAGGAUUUCACUCAUUGACAUGCAAAUCAAUCUAUAACUGUAGAGACGCAAUUGCAUGAGCUUCUCACUGUAUUAGGCAAAAAAGUGACUUUUAGCCGAACUAAAACCGAGACAAAACCCAGCUAAAGCCUUACCUACCUCGGAAACGAGCAGCGAGGAACUACCAAGGGCAGAAGCUUGACUGAAGCCAACGAGCGGCACACUCUGAGGCAUGCGUCCCGCUGACCACCGGGCGGGAGGGACGGCCGACCUCCCAGCUCUGAGAGGCACAGGGGCUUAUAAGGUAGAGCAGGAAACCCGCUACCCCCUCCCCCUUUUUUCCAGCGCCGGGCGGGGAGCUCUCCUCCUCCUCUCCGCCUCCGAUCCUCCUCUUCGGCUGAAUGCGCAUGCGCGGGGGUGAUCCCAGUCCAACCCUGGGGGAACACUCUGACACACAGCAAAGGAGGGACAGAAUGACUACAGCUAUGGGAGCACAUCUUCCGACCCAGCCAACAUGUUGGAUGCCACGAGGCACCCAGACCCUGCAGCAGUGUGGGCAGUCAUCGAGGUAAGACUGGACAGAGCUUUCGCAACCUUCUGGCGCAACCUGGAGGAGAGGAUGCAGCUCUAUGCCCAACAGCAGCCAAAUGAACACUCGCUUCCACCACCGCCACUAAACAAGCGAUGGACACCUGUAGUCUCAGCAUGGAUGAAGGGCCCAAAAUGGCCGCGAGGCGGGAAGUUCCCAUUGCAACAGCUGAAAGCAGCACGCAAAGCACAGUCACUCGAAACCAAGCCGGGGACCCAUGGAACAUCCACAGUAAGUGCUGUAGCACCAGCAGCCACUGCGGUGACCCACUGCACCGGUACAGAGGCGAAACGAAUAUUCAUCCCUCCAGCCCGUGAAUGGCCCCCAAAACAAGGCCUGGGGCUGGAAAGCGACCAUGCAACGCCCCUGCCGAGCAAUACUUCAGGACUACACACACCUGUUUCCAAGUCUCGGCGUGGGCUGAACGAGACCCCCUGGGUCUGGGACUGACAACACGUUUCCUACCAUGGAGACACUCUACCGACAAGAUCUUGUCUUACCGUUGAAAUGCCUGAUUUGCCUGAGGUUUCCUUACAUUUGUUACUUGCUGAAGGGUAUUGCCUACCGCUGAUCAGGUAGAAUCACUUACUCAUUAUCACAACACUAAACGCCUGAACUCACUAGUUUAUUCAUUGCAAUGUCUCUUGAAUGCUUCAUAUGUUCAAACCUUACAAAUGUGAGGUAGGCUGAACUUGAUGGACGCAAGUCUCUUUUCAGCUAUGUAACUAUGUAACCUUACUAACGCUUUAAAAGUGUGCACGAACUGUCAAACAACACAAUUGUUGCUAAACAUAUGUUGAAUCUCUGGCACCAGCUGUUGUGGCAAUGCCGACUUAAAUGUACCAUGUAUAAUCUAUGCACAAACAAAAUAAAGAAUUAUAAAAAUAAAUAAAUAAGCCUACCAUUAAAAUUAUAGACUGAUCAUUUAUGUGUCAUUGGGCAAACAUUCUAAAUCAGCAGGGGAUUAAAAUACUCCCCACUCCCCCUCACUGUAUACAAAUAAUCAUUAUUUAUAUAAAACAAACACAAAAUAAGAAACCCCCCACCCCACAGUUUUGGCAAUAAAGUUUGCAUAGCAAGCAGCAGCUUAAGCGAUAUAAGAAAGCAGUUUAAGAAAAAUAAAUUGAUUUAGUUGUUCUGAUUUACAGAGUACAUCAUGUGUAGGAUAUCGGUUUAUUUUUGGUAGUUACAGGUCACAAAAUACAGGGAGUAAAAUAAAAUUUCAAUGUAGAACGAUUUUAGGAUAUGUUAUGCUUGUCUUGUUUUCUUAAUAGCCAUCAGAGAAAACCAAAUUGCCAUACAAAAGUAUAUAUUUAUAUGAAGCAGACAUCACAGGCUGUUUACAUAACGGUAUUUUGACACUUUUUAUGUAACCAUUUUACUGCCAAUCUCUGAUAAAUACUGUAGUAAAAUAGUUUUUUGUUUUUCUGAUUUUUAACAUACACAUAUUUUGUAGACCUUGUCUAUUUCGUAGACCUGGUGUGUAUUACUCUUGUAGAAAACAUCAUUGUGUUCAUCUUUUGAGUAAAAUUAUACUCCCAAUGUAUGCCUUUGCUACUAUCCUGUGAAGUUACAGUGCCAAAAGAGACCUGACCAGUUCAGUUUUUACAGUUAGAAUUUUGAUAGAUACAUUUGUUCUAAGUCUCAUUUUGGUGACUUGUAGCAGUUUGAAUGUUGCAAUUACCAGAUAAAGGUCUACCAUUUGUGAAAGAAGACACUCCGGGGUAUCUCAUAUAAUGUAUUUUGUGCCUUAAUGUAAUUAAAUAUGUUUUCACCAGUUUGUCAAACUUUGUGGUAAAAUGUUUUUGCUUUUUUGCAUUUUUUUUUUUUUUUUUACAUACACAUUAAAUUUUUUCUGGCUUUAAAAAAAAAAAUAAAAAAAAAAUGUGCCAUUGUGAUCAACCCCCCAAAAAUUAUGUUUAGCAAACCCCUCUGAAUAAAACAAUAUCUCCAAUGUAUGUCUUUGUUACUAUCCUGUGAAACUACAGUGCCAUAUAAGAGUACUGGCCAUUUCAGGUUUUACAGUUAGACCCAUCCAAUUUACCUAUCAACAUUCUAUAUCUCAUUUUGGGGCAUUGUAGCAGUUUGACAGUUAAAUGUAACACAAGUUUUAUUAUACAGCCAUUUUAGCAUAAUUUUUUCCCCCAAGUUUUAAAGUAUUUUAUUUUUGCAAUUUUUACAUGCACAUUGCACUUUAGCAGUUAACUUUGUAAACUUGAUGUAUUUUGCUGUAAAAAAAAAAAAAAUCACUAAAUUAUGUUCAGCUAUAUUUCCUGAGUACAUAAUGACUCCCUUUGAAUACCUUUGUCACAUUUUUAAGAAACUAAAGGGCUGAAACUAUAUCCUGCACAUUACAGUUUUUUGGGGGGGAAAAUGGCAAAUUGAAGGUGGGUCUUUGAUGCAUUCUAGGAGCUCAUCUGUCAGUCUGGGGCCACUAAAUGAAGUUGUCUGGGUGCAAUGUCCCUGACUGAGUACUUUAUAAAUUACAGAUGGGGUAACUCAUGUGACCUAGGUUAACAGAUGUAUGUCACAGGCUUUGUGUGCUUCAAGUAAGUGUUAUGCAGCUAACUAUAGGCAGCUGUCUCAAUGUAUACGUUAUCUCUGGAUCUAUUUUACUCCAUUUAAUUAUUUUGUUUAUAAACAUUUUAUUCCAUAUUUUACAUAAUAAAACAUAGAGUAUAUGAAAAACAGCUUGCAAAUGCUGCUUGCAAGACAGUCUGUACCAAGGAAUUCACCAAUCAGAGGAUUCAAAUCCGUGAAAAAAAGAUUUAGAAAAAAAGAUAAAUGAAUGCAGUGGUAUGCAACCUGCAACCAUGGAAAUAAUACCAUGGUGACAUCAGUGUAGAAAGAUGCUGAAGAUGUUACAUAUGCACUAAGCAUUCACAGGCUAUAUGGAACAUAUAUGAAUACAAUGGCAUUUAGUACAUGAAUAUUCCUAACAGUGAUAUAGUAGGGCAAUAGCAUACAUUGUAUUCUAAUUAUAUCGGCUGUUUGUUUUUUUUUGUUUGUUUUUUUUUUUUUUUAAUGCUCUGUUAGCUGGGUAAAAGUCAAUUCAUUCAAAAGUUGUUUUUUUUUUUUUUUUACUUCUCUGUUUUGCCUAAAAUUUUCAGAACCCUCAUCAUAGUGUCACAUUUCCUGGUUUAAAAGACAACUCUGAUCAAUAUGUCACGUGUCCUUUUCUAAACAGUUAUUACAUUUAAUGAAACUUAAUGAUUUAUUUAUUGUUAUGCAUGAUGUUUUCUUGAGACAGUAUUUCACUUUGUAUCUGGCUAAGCAGGCAUGUUGAGUCAGACUGUGCUGUUAUCUGAGAAGUGUAGCUGAACAUUAGCUGCCCAGCCAGAUAGAAAACAUUUUCAUCUUCAUGGAAAUUAAGUUGUUAUGGUGCCAGGAGGUCGUUGGCUUGCUUUGUAAGUCAACUCUCCAGCCCUGUGUUGCUCUUCCCCCCCCUCCAAUAUCCGUUAUUUGAAUUUUUUUAUUUUUUUUAGAACAGAAGCCUCAUAGGGGAACUGCUUACUGACUUAGAGCAGUUAACUGAAAAUAUAAGUCAGUCAGUAGCUCCCCAUCCACAAAACGGCUUGAGAAACAUAAGUAACUCAAGCCGCUUUUUAUGACUAGUGAGCUGCUGAUUGGCUUAUAGCUGAUCAGCAGUCUGAGGAAUCCGCCUUGAAUAUUUUUAUAAAGUGAAAGUUGGAAAGAGCAGAGUGAAACAGGUUUUAACCCUUAAAAGUGAGCAGCACCAGGGACUUUAAUGUACCAUAACAACUGUAUUUCAGUGAAGUUGUUAUGGUGUCCAGAAUGUCCCUUUAAAUGGAAUAAACAUUUAGAGAAGUAAAACUGUAAUGACAGCUGUCAUUUUAAAUAAUAAAGCUUUAACUGUGUAAUCACAACAGAAGUAAAGAUGAUAUAACCCACAGCCCCCAGAGAUGCAGCCUACUGCUGAACUAAUUUAAUAACCAACUAGGUUGGUACAAAUCGUAUUUCAUUGCUGGAGCCAAACUUUUUGUUCACUAAAGUUUCCCUCUUCUUAUUUCUAAUGUAGUGGAUUGCUCUAAAGUACCCUGAUAUUGCAAUUUACGUGGACACCUGUAGAGAAUGCUAUGAAGCGUAUGUCAUCUACAACUUCAUGAUUUUUCUUUUAAAUUAUCUAACGAAUCGUUGCCAAAACCUUGCCUUGGUUCUGGAAGCCAAAGAUCAGCAAAGACAUUUACCACCUCUGUGCUGUUGCCCACCAUGGGCAAUGGGAGAGUGAGUAUUAGAAAUUAUUUUAUAUGAUUACUUUGCAAUGUGAGAGUGCUUGGGUGCUAAAGUUUAGCCAAAAUAUAAAUUUCAAACCGAGCAUGCAAUCACAGAUUUUCUGUGGCUAAAUCAGUAGCAGUAGUGUUCAAUAUUUCAGUCCCAGUUUUGAAGUUUUUUUUUUUCUAAAGAUUUCAUAAGUCCUUUGACAGGUUUGAAAUGUUAAACAUUACUACCUUGUAACCAGGUCAAAUUUGAUUAAUAAAAUCAUCUUGUUCACUACAUAGGAUCGUGUGUGUGUGUGUAUUUUGUAGUUUGAAAAGAAUCUGCUUUGAUUCUGAUUGUGCUAUAUAAAUUGUGGUAUGUCUGUUAAUUUGACCAACUCUGCACUAAAUAUAUGAGCAGGCUCUUUGGGUUGCUGUUAAAGAAAUGUUUUCCAUAUUCUGUCAUUCUGCAUUUUGUAAACAUGCAUGUGUAUGUCUUGUUACAGUGUGUUGUUAUUCAGAUGCAAAUUGGGUGUGCUGCAAUAUACAGUUGUUCGACCAGUCACCACCAUAAUUGCAUUGUAAGUAUGAAGAAGAAAAAACAAAGCAUGAAAGUAAUUGUGUUUUCCAGGACUGGGUCGUGACUGCAAAUUGGGGCGGGGGUGGGGUGAGGGGGGAUUUUAUGUUUUUCUUUUUGCAUCUUGUCUAUUUUUGUAACUUUUCUGCAGGAAAAACGUGUACAGAGUGGGUCAAUCAUUGUAAUAGCCCAUAUGGGUAUUUUAUUUUCUAAAAAUUUAUGUCAAUUUGUCUAUUUCCUUCUGAAUUACCCAUCCAUCACAGUAAAGCCGUUAUGUUCUAUUCUCCUUCUGAGUGUGCUGUACCUAUUGAAGACACAUUUUAUUUUCAUUCAAUGACAUGUGGUCAUAUACCGGUAAGUCGCAUUGUGCAGUCAUGGGGAAAAAGAAGGUACAUCCUCUUUAAAUUCUAUGGUUUUCCAUAUCAGAACCUAACAAUCGGUUCCUUAGCAAGUCUUAGAAUUCGGUAAAUACAACAUCAGAUGAACAACAAGGCAUGACAUAUUACACCUUGUUACAAUUUAUUUAACAAAAAUAAAGCCAUGGGUGAAAAACUAAAUAACACCAUUACUGCUUCCAUAGGGAUUGAGAGGCUAAGUGGCAGACAGGUGCUGCUAACCAAACGACCUUGAUUAAUUGAUCGUCAGCAAUUGUAACCAUCUCUAUAAGAGCCAAUGUUUUAGCAUUUUGCUGGUCUAGAGCAUUCAUGUAUGUGUUAACACAAUGCCAAGGUGGAAAGAGAUUGGCAAUGAUCUUUCAGGAGUGGACGUCCCACAGAUUCACCCCAAAGUCGGACUGUACAAUGCUUAGAGAAAUUACAAAAAACUCAAGCGUUAAAUCUUUGACUCUACAGGCCUCUGUUGGCAUGUUAAAGUUCUUGACAGUACAAUUAGAAAAAGACUAAGCAAGUAUGGUUUGUUUGGCAGGGUUGCCAGGAGAGAGCCUCUUCUCUCUAAAAAAACCAUAGCAGCACAGCCUAGGUUUGCAAAGCUGCAUCUUAACAAACCAGAAGACUUCUGAAACAAUGUCCUUUGGACAGACGAGAAGUGAAGUGGAGAUGUUUGGCCAUAAUGCACAGCGCCACGUUUGGCAAAAACCAAACACCGCAUACCAACUCAUACCAACUGUCAAGCACCGUGAUGGAGGGAUGAUGAUUUGGGCUUCUUUUGGAGCCACAGGGCCUGGGAACCUUGCAGUCGUUGAGUUGACCAUGAACUCCUCUGUAUACCAAAGUAUUCUAGAAUCAUCUUUCCAACUGCUUGGCCAAAAUUAAGUUGUGCAACAGGACAAUGGUCUCAAGCACACCAGUAAAUCUACAAUCGAAUGAAAUCCGGGUAAUGCAAUGGUCCAGUCAAAGCCCAUACCUCAACCCGAUUGAAAUGCUGUGGUGGGACCUUAGGAGAGCUGUGCAUAAUCAAAUGCUAGCUAACGUCAAAGAACUGAAGCAACGUUGUAAAGAAGCGUGGGCCAAAAUUCCUCCCCAAAGAUGUGAGAGACUGUCAUACAGAAAAUGAUUAAUUCAAGGUAUUGCUGCUAAAGGUGGUCUUAUAAGGUGUACUUAGUUUUUCACACAUGGCUUCUCCAUAUUGGCUUUAUUUUUGUUAAAUAAAUUAUGACCAUGUGUAAUAUAUCGUGUGUUGUUGUUCAUGUGAGAUAGUAUUUACCUAAUUUUAAGACCUGCUAAGGAACUAAUGGUUUGUUAUUGUGUCCUGAUAUGUAAAUCCAUAAAAUUCUAAGUUGGUAUAGUUUAUUUUUCCCAUGACUGUAUUUCUCUCUAGUAACCCAGUUUAUAAAUAAAUAAUUAUUUGGUUAGUCAUUCUAUUUUUUUGACCAUAUAUGUUUUCUAAAGUUCAAAUGGCUCUGCUUGUAUUUCAUAAAUAGAUGUUCAUUAUAUGGGUUUUAGAAGGUACACUUGUUACAAUUUUCCUUGCCAUAAGGAUACUUAUUAAAACUAAAAUUCCUGCAGUGUAAACUCUUGUUAACCAAAUAGCCAAUACCCUCUGAAAAGCCUUCUCCAAUUAACCAGUCUGAGGCCGGAUUAGUGAAAGUAUUAGAUUGCGUCUUUAUUGCAAUAGAUCAAAAGCAGUUUGAGAGCAUACAUAUUAAGAUCCUGAAUAUAUACAUGAUAUCAGUGAAAAAGAAUUGUCUAUUCUCCAGGAACAGGAAAACAGACUCUUCUCAUUGGGAGUAGGAUUACUCCUCCACCUGCUGGUCUUGAAAUGUUUAGUUGCAAACCUUGAAAGUUUUGUUACAAAAUAAUUAUGUUGCUGAGCAUACUCUUUGGCCUAUUAAUCCUUCUAUUACCAGACAGCAAGCUUAUCCCAUAUAUAAGUUGGAAUAACCUGGUUUGCAUUUUAGUGUUACAAAAUAUAUAUUUAUAAAUCUUAUCGUUAAGGCUCUCUUAACAUAUUUGCCACAUUCUAAUAAGUAUUGCAAAUAUUGAAGAUCACAAAGCCCUAAACAGAAUUCAUUUUAUAUACUUAUUUAACCCCUUAAGGACACAUGACAUGUGUGACAUGUCAUGAUUCCCUUUCAUUCCAGACCUUUGGUCCUUAAGGGGUUAAAGGAUCACUAUAGGCACCCAGACCACUUCAGCUUAAUGAAGUGGUCUGGGUGCCAGGUCCAUCCAGGGUUAACCCUGCCUAGGGUUAACCCUGUCUGCUGGAUUAACCCUGCCACUUACAAAUGGGUUAAUCCAGCCUCUAGUGGCUGUCUCAUUGACAGCCGCUAGAGGCGCUUCCGCACUUCUCACUGUGAUUUUCACAGUGAGAAGACGCCAGCGUCCAUAGGAAAGCAGACUGACUGCGUGCGCGGCUCUUGCCGCGCAUUCAGCCGAUGUUGUUGGAAGGAGGAGAGUCCCCAGCACUCGAGGGAGCCCGGCGCUGGAGAAAGGUAAGAUUUUAACCCCCUCCUCCCCCUUCAGCCCGGCGGGGGGAGGGGGCUAUUAACACUAUAGUGCCAGGAAAACGAGUUUGUUUUCCUGGCACUAUAGUGGUUCUAUAAUAGUUUCCAUGCAUCCACGUUGGUGGCUUUUUAAAUUUUUUAUUACAUCAUAGUUAAAACGGUUUCCUAAUAAGAAUUCUUGAAAGUAAGGUUUUAUUUUUUUCUUACAGUUGGAGAACUUGUGACUAGAAAUUAGAUUGCAUAUGAUUUGCAUACUGCAUUAUUCUGGUUUCUAGCAUUAUUUGAAUUUGUUUCUUAAGGAAGUUUUAUCUCCUAAAGAUAAAGAGUAUUUAAUAUGUAUAGUUUCCAAUUCGCCUUCCUCUAUUUAAUGAACAUAAUUUGUUUAGGGUAUAUGUUUUCAUACAUCAGGGUGAUGCAACAUUAGCCUGCUGAGGUAUUCUUCAAUGUUUUAUCAAAGCUCUAUUUUACAUCUGCAAUAUUCUGCCUCAUGGUAUUUUUUAUUCAUCUUCUUUUUUUUUUUUUUUUAUACGUACAGAUUUGUGCAGCAAAAACAUUGAAACAUUCUCACUACCUUAUAGCACAGUGUUUGCCACACUUGUCCUCUUAAAAAGUCAAAAACGUCUCUGGUCACAACAGUAUAGCCACCCUCCUUUCUGAUGCGUGUGCUGAUGUGUUCACAUGCAAGCAUUACCAGGUUCUUUCUUACAUAGACAUAACAUGAUCUAUACAGGAAGAGAGAAGGAUAGAAAAAGGGAGGCUGUAUAGAAUGUGAAAGAAUUCUAGACAGAACAUGAAGGGUAUGCGUGGUAUUAUUCUCUACUCCAUAGAAGACUUGCCUGUCAUUUCGCAAUUCUAAGGCAUUCUUUAUAGAGCAAGAGAGUACAGUUACAAUGUUUUAGAGUGAAAUAAAUCUCACAAAGGGUUAUUGUAUAUUUAGCUCAUGUUCUGUCAUUUGGAGAAAACACUGUUUUAUAUAUAUUUUUUUCAAUCUAAACUCUUUGACAAAUAAUAAUCUUUUUACGUUUGUCAGUUUUUGCAAGAUGAAUGUGCUUCAGUUAUUUAAAAAGAGUAGUUGUUGGACAACACUACAUGGAAACCAUGUCUGUGCUAAUAGCUUCACUUUUAGAAUGUAGACCCAUAUAUUAUCACUCUAUUAUGACUUACUGUAAGUGUGCAUAUUGGGUUAACCCUUUUGUCUCAUUUUAGGAUAUGUCAGUUGGCUGGUGUUUAUGGUGAAGGCGACUUCAAUCUAAAAAAUGCAUGGACAUAUUUGGUUAUUAUCAACAAUGCAUCACAACUGGUGAGUUUCAGGCAGGGGUGUUUCUAGAUUUCAAAAGGCUUCAGCCCAAGCAAUACAUGAUGUACCCCAACUCUACCCUGGCUCUUCUCAUGACUUCAUCUCCCCCACACGAUUCAGCAGGUAUCUACCAUCGUGCAGGUUUGCAUUUAUGUCGAUUUUGGGCAAUAAAAACCAAACUUGAGGUCAGUUGUGCAGGAGCUCUCUAAAGACAAUUCUGGCCAGCUUGACUGUCAGGCCCCGUCCCCCAGGUGCUCUGAGAAAUUACCUGCCAAUGAGUUUAGUUCCACUACGCUAAAAACCAGGAAGUAACAGAAUCAUUUGCCAACUUACCACAUAAACUUGAGGUAAUAUAUGCCAAAGAGAACUCGUGAAGAGGUUGUGAAAUAAAUAAUAAGCACGGUCUUAAAGGAACAUUAUAGCGUUAGGAAUACAAACGUGUAUUUCUAAUGCUAUAGUGUUCUCCUAACUAUGUAUGUGAGUUUCCGUGUGGUUUCAAAGGUGAGUUUUACUUACCUUUUCUCCCUCUUGGCAUUGGUCUCGCCAUGGCUACUCCGCCACAUUGGCUGAGAUCAUCAAGUUUGAUGAUCUCAGCCAAUCUCAUGCUUCCCCAUAGGGAAGCAUUGUGAGGCUAUUGCACAUGCGUGGCAAAUCACCACUCUGUGUCAAUAAAAUGUUCUCUAGAAACAGCAUUUGAUUAAGAACUGAGUUUAACUUGGUUCUCACAGUGUAAGUGCCUCUAGUGAGUGUAAGGAAGACAGUCACUAGGAGGUGUGUUUAAACUUGCAAUGGAAACAUUGCAGUUUGUAUAUAGCGGGGUUCAAACUAAAGUGCCAUUGCAUCCAUCCUACUUCAGUUGAGAUAAAGGGGUUUGGGUGCCCUUAAUGGUCAUUUAAGCAAAUAGGAAUUUAAAAAGGUUUUGCUUUUCAUUCUUCUUCCCCAUAGACUUUUUUUAUUUUUGCCUAUUUGCGUUGUCCUUUGUUUUCUCCUAAUUGUUUAAGUAUUUAAUGCAUGUUCUGUAUUUUAUCUUUUUGUACAUGGAAAAAGUUUGUUAAGCAAAUCUCUUUACAAAUUGUCUGCCUUUUUCUUUUUCUAGUUUGCUAUGUAUUGCCUUGUCCUGUUUUACAAAGUUCUGAAAGAAGAGCUAAAUCCAAUUCAACCAGUUGGCAAGUUUCUCUGUGUGAAAAUGGUUGUCUUUGUGUCAUUUUGGUAAGCAGAUUUUGUAAGUGUUUGUACAAAUUUCUUCAGCUAUCUAUACAGCACAUCUCCUUAUGUGAUCAAUUUAGAAUUUUCACAGAACAGAUGUCUCUCCAAGAAUGCAAGAUCCAGACCUUGUUCACUCUAUCUAACAAUGUCUGGAUUUUCCAGAAAAGCCACCAAAUGAGCGAGUACUUAAACAUGUGGCCUCUAUUAAAAUGUAAAAAAUAAAAAAAAAUAAAGUAAGCCUAUGGGAGUCAUUAUGGCCCCCAUAUUACUAUAAGUGAGGUUGUAGACCUCCCUUAUGCCCCCACCUGUGGCAUAUCUACAAAAUAUAAAGGCCCUAUGCAUUAGGGAAUUGUGGACAGCCGGUGGGGGUGAUUACACAAAAAAACAACAGGGAGGACAUCCUAAUGCCCCACCUGUUGGUGGGGACUACUUAAACUGGGGGCUGACCUAGUGUUCCCCCACCAGCCGAUAAGUGUCGGGUUGGGUCUAUUCGUUUAAUAUCGGGGUGGACCUGUUGCCUGUGUUCACCUAUGGGUGCAGUUGCUGGUGGACGACUUUAAAUAAAUAUACAAAAUUGCCUAUAAGUCAGGAGUGGGAGCAUAACGGAUGUUUACAUCCCAUCUUAUAGUAAUAUGAGGCUAUAUUGGACCAUAGGCUUAUUAUUUUAUAUUUAUUUUUAUACUUUUUAAUGUGGCUGCUAGCUAGUAAGCGCUGGCCAGCCACCACAUGAUCACUCAUCUCAUUAGAUGAGUGUGCAGGAAAGCAGUAUAGUGGGAAGAUGAGAGGAGAGUGGACUAAUUAUGUUAGAAAAGAAGGGGCAAAAAGCUUAAAGGAAUAAAAAUGACUCGGAGGCUGUUGGCUUUCCUGAAGAGGUUAGUUUGGGGUUUUUUUUGUAAAGGACUGAAGGAUUGAAGACUAGGGGAAUGUCCUAUGAGGGAAGUAGGCUACAAUUAGAAAUUCUGUAGAUGAGAAUUAAACAGACAGUGCCCAAUCAUCGGCUUCUCCCAGUUGCCUUUUUUUGUUUGAGGGGGGGGGAAAAAAAAGACAAAAAAACCUGAAGGACGAUCACUGGAUAACUGGGAAAGCUUUGUUCUUCUAAGGCUGGCUUCCCCAAACUGUGGCCCUCCAGAUGUUGCUGAACUACUUUGAUUCUCAGCCUAUCUAUUUCAUUCAUAGAAUCAUGGGAGUUGUAGUUCAGCAACAUCUGGAGGGCCGGAGUUUGGGGAAGCCUGUUUUAAGGGUUGAGGUGAGUGUGUCGCCCAUUGCCUACUGACAUCAACUUUUCAACUUACAAUGACUCAUGUAGCAAUGACUCAUGUAGCUGCUCCUCAUUAUUCAUUAAUACAAGAUUGCAAAAGAAAACCAAUCCAUCACCAUUCUAAUACAAAGUUGUCUCACUUAUUUUUUUUAUUAUAAUUUUUUUUUUUAAUAGGGAUGUCCUCAGGUAAUUAUGACAAGUUGGCAACUCAGAUUUGUCAUGGCAAAAGUAGCUGAUGUUGCCUAGUCUUUAGGCUAGGCAGUAUUGUAACCAUUCUCCCCCCUCCUCCCUCCCUCCCCCCCCCCACAUUUAUUGGCAUGUUUGAAUGUUCCCCCCACAUAGUUUUUCAUGAAUUACAAACCGUCUUAUAAAUGAGCAUCAGACGUCCUAAACAAAAUUUCAACUGGGAAAAUUAUUUGUACAAACGAAUAAUCGCACUGUCCACACGUCUAAUCCACACAGAGGAAAAACAAAUACAUGGUGAUCCUGAAUUAAUUGCACAAAACAAGGUUGUUUACCCAUGCAUAAAACAUAAUAUAGGCUUAUGAGUUUUUAUUUUGUUUUUCACUCAGGCAAGCUGUUUUUAUUGCACUGUUGGUGAAGGUUGGAAUUAUAUCAGAUAAAAACACCUGGGAGUGGAAGAAUGUUAAGGAUGUGGCUACAGGACUACAGGUAAAUGAAUUACAACAGACUGACCAUGAACUGCUCCCUUUAUUUCAGUGACCACUGUUGAUCAGCAUCUUCCACUGUAUCCACUCUCCGUAUCGCCUCUUUUUAGCAAUCUCCGAAACGUAGCCACUGAGGUCACCAAGAAACUAUAAUACAUUUAAAGACCAGAUUCAGGAAAUCUUCUUCUAUAUGUAAUGAGCAACAGCACCUUCUUUGCCAUGCAAAAAAACCUUUAUUGCACUGAAAAAGAUGCCAAAACAGGGGAUCAAUAAAUCCAGGUCACAGCUCCUCCUGGAUUCAUUGGCACCCUGUUUUGGCACCUUUUUUGAAUGCAGUGAAUGCUCAUUAAUUGUAGAAUGGGAAGUCCUGAAUUUGGUCUUCAAAUGUAUUACAGGGCUGCCGGUAAAACUUAACCUUAUGUUGAUCAGUUGUUUUAGUACAUUAAGGUUAAAAAAUGCCAAUGUAUUUUUACUUGGGUGUCACUGUUUUCAUGUGCUGUUGGCUUACAUUUUUUAGAUCUGUGGGAUUUAUUCACUAAGCAAUGAACUGGGGCAAGUUAACAAGUAACUACUGAAAAAGCAGAGUUGAAAUCCUCCCAUCUCAACUAUUCGCAGUAGCAACAUUGCAUUGCUUUAACAAUUUAACUCUACCUACUUGCCAAUGUUGUGGCAUAAUUUUGUAAAAAAGAAAUACGCUAAAUAAACAAAAGACAACAUGUUUCUUGACUCAUAAGCAGUCCAGUAAGCCAAAGUGUGUUUUGGUUCUUAGAGAGGGACAUUUUAAAGAAACAUAAACUAUACUUUUAUUACAUUUUGUAUUGUUGGGAAUUCAAAAUUAAUUUCAAAUUUAAGGACAAUUAUUCCAGGCGAAUUUGGCCUUAAAUUUGAAAUUCCCUAUGGAUUCCUGGUAAAUAACACUGAUAAUAUAUAACCCAUAUUCUGACGCCAUAUUUAUAAACCGCGCGUUCGUUACAGUUCAGUACAUUUGUUCUCUCAUAUGAGUGAUAACACCAAUGAAAACAGUUGUGGCUCACUGUUUUCAAAUUCUAUAUAUUCUUAUAGCUAGAGGAAAUAAGUUAUGCCAUAUUAUUAUUUUUUAAUUUUGUUUUUCUCCUUCUCCACUCAUCCUAGGAUUUUGUUAUUUGUGUUGAAAUGUUCUUGGCUGCCAUUGCCCAUCAUUUCAGUUUUUCAUAUAAGCCUUACGUGCAAGAGGCAGAGGAAGGCUCUUGUUUUGAUUCCUUUCUUGCUAUGUGGGAUAUUUCUGAUAUUAGAGCAGAUAUAUCUGAGCAAGUGCGCAAUGUUGGUAAGUACAUUUGUUUUUGUCUUAUUUUGAUGACUGCAUAUGUGUUCUUCAUUCAAAAAAUGUUUUAAUAUAGAAACAGUCCACACAAAAAUAAACUGUGACCUCUCAAAGCCCUGUUAACUUCUAUGCAGUCACUUUAACAGCAAAAGGAAUCGCAUAGAGUCUUAAAGAAUGGUCUCUGCAGCCUGGUCUUUCACCACAGCUCGCUAAAUAAAUAUUAUAUUGUUGUGGGGCAGCUUACCUAUAUUGUAGUCCAUCGAUGAAUAUAUACUCUUCCCUUAGACAUGGCCCGACCAUUACUAAUAAAGGCUCACUGCCACAGUCAAGCUCCUGCACAAGCAUGGACUGCUCCCAUCCCCCCCAGCUCACACAUAAAGAGGGUUCAGUUCAAGAUCACGCAUCAUUACAAUCUACUGGGAGCGGGUAUAUCCCCAAGGGGACAACUCUGGACCACAACUUGGCAUAGGCCCUCUCAGCACCCUCUGGGGCACAACUCCAUGUUGCCAUUUAUUAUCCCAUCAUUUUCUAUAACAUAAAACCCCCUCAUUCUACAUUUCCAUCUGGUCAUUGACAUGUUUUGAAAUCUCUCAUGUUUACUCAACAUCAUUAUUUGUUAUUGUUACUUUAUAACCAUACUAAGUGAUGUGCGUGUUACAUGCUCAUCUAUUCUGUACUCCCACGUGGAAUGAGAAAAUAAAGAAUAAAAAAAUCAUGCUCUUAAGUGGCACCCUUUUUAAGAGGGCUCCUGCUUGGGAAUCCCUAAAUCCCUGGCUCCUAUUCAUUAUAACAAAAAAAUGGCUUCCCUUCCUAGUUCAGUCCCCACUCUUAUCAUGAGGAAGAAGGCAUUUCUACUCAACCAUAAAUAAAAUAAUAAACCAUGUAAAAAUAUAAUGUGAUUUAACACUUGCUUUUCUAGCAUUGUCAGAAAAAGAUUGGUUGUUCUCAAUUGUCAAAAGGGAUGCUGUCAAAAUAAAUACAGACCCUCCAACCCAUUGGCUGGAAAGUAAAUGACUGAGGCCUUAUGCUCAGUACAGAAGUGUUUGCAUAGCCCUAUCUCAUUAUGUUGACCAUGUCCUACAAUGUGAUUGACUAUAUGUACAUUUCUAUGUAGCUAUGCGCUGGCAGUUGCAUAGCAGAAAACUGAUAAUAUUAUCAACUGUUUUAUUACACUUUGCUUCCAUUUACAUAGACGAGGUCAAACUUUGCAUUUUUUUUCCUGGCUCCGCCAGGCAACACAUGCAUUAUUAACAGUAUUUUUUCUAUAUUUGGACAAUGAAUAACCUACGUAGGCAAAAUUGAUGUAUUGGAAAAUGGAGGACAAAACACUAUUCAAAACAGUGCUGAGUACAACCAAAGGGUUACUCAUCAAACUGCAAAGUAGUAAUUACUGGCUGCUAGAUGCAGUUCUAUUUUUUUAUAUAAUAUAAAGGAACUAUAAUGAAAUACAAACAAAACACAAACAGGGUCAUAAGUACUCAGUGUUUUGUGUACCUUUAUAGUUAAUUUUUGUAAUGUAAGACUUAAUAAAGAACCUCAGAUUAACUUUUUUUGUGUGUGUGUUUACAUUUUAUUACUGUGCUCAGGUUUGCUAAUACUUCUAUAUUUGAUAUAAAGAUAUUUUAUCUUUGUCAAAUAUAUUUUAUUAGAGUUUUUUUUUUUCUUUCAUAUAUUGUAAUAAACAAUGAACAAUUGUAACAUAUACAAUAAAUAUUAAUGGGAUGUGGAAACUGGGAGAAAAGGGGGAUAUAGCCCCACCCCUUUUAAACUCCUGAGUCAUGAUUGACACGAUUUACAUCUUCUAUGCAAUGUGCUGUGGAAACCAAUGUAAAUUAAAUGCACGAUCUUCUAAUAAAAGUCUGCUUUGUGACAAAACUUUUUACAGUGGCAAAAAUAAUUUAAGUGUUUCAUUUAUUAGGUUUCUCAUGUCACAGGCUGUUUUAGCUGAGCAGCUAUUUUUUUUAUUUUUUUUUUAUUUUAGUUGUACAUAGAUGAUGCCAACACGUUUGCAAUGUCACAUAUAUAUAUAUAUUCUCUGUACAUCAAAAUAAAGAGUAAAACAUUACUUUAAAUAAUAUAUAUCGAUAAUAGCAUUAUGUAAACAUAAAUAAAUGAUACAUAACUAUUUACAAACAAUACAUUUUCUUCCCAUGUAUUCCAGUAGUAUAAUAGCUUAUUUAAUAAGGGGGUGGUUGUCUUAUGGCCAAUUCAUAUGUUUUAUUCUCUAGUGUCAGGUCAGAAUUUCUUUAAUUGACAGUAAUUUGGGAAAUUUCCAGUAUCGGGGUAGUGAACAAGUGGCAGCAAUUAAAAUAUGUCCUAUAAUUAUUUCGUUUAUUUUAUUUAUGGAACGAGGAAAAUUUUUAAAUAAGCCUAAUUCUGUCAUAAAAUAAGUAAAAGAUGGGUUCAUGUUUUGAAUUAAUGCAUGUAUAUUUCUUAUAAGGGAAGAUUAUUAUUAUUAUUAUUAUUAUGCACUGGUGGUGGGAUUUAUAUGUUCUGUAUAUGUUCUAGUACAGUUCCUUAUUUAAUUGGUUAAAUAUAUGCUUGGUUAGCCUUAUAAGUUACCAUUUUUUGUCUCCUUUUGAAUUAUUUUUUUAUUUUCUUUGCUUUCCAUAUAAUAUGGCAGUGUAAUCACCGGUUCUAAGUUAGGCAUUUUUACAUUUGCAGGACGGACAGUUUUGGGCAGACCUCGGAAGAUGUUUUUCACAGAUGACUUAGAACAAAAUGAACACACUAGCUUGCUUUCUUCAUCUACUCAGGAUCCAUUGUCUGCAGCCUCCUCUAUGCCGCCUUCUCCAUCAGGACACUACAAAGGGUUUGGCCAGACAAUAACACCUCAAACUACACCUACUUCUGCAACCGUCCCAGAGGAACUCUACAGUGCUGACACUCCUGACCAAGAUACUCAGGUGCCAGUGACUGAGGAUAGUGAGGAGGUCUCAUUUGAAAACAUCAAGCAUUUAGAAUCCUAACAACCCAGACAUUUUUAACAGAGAAUUGCCAAAUGUUCUAAUGGCCAGAGUUGGUUCAGGUUGCAAAAACAGGAGGGGAAAAAAAAUGGAUCCCCAGCGGUUAUAUUUAUUUUAUCUGCUGCUUACAUAAUUUUCUGACAAAUGGAAGUCUGGUUAAAGUCAAUGUUGAUUCCGAAAGCAGUAAGGAUGAUAAUAAUAUGGUUGUACCUGGUGUUUUGUUUUUUUAACUAUAUUUUUGUCGUCAUACACCUCCAGUAAUGACCUGUUGUGAAUAAAAUACAGCUAUUUAUAUAUUACUUAAUAAUACAGCGCAUUUAAGCCUCAACUUCCUCAGACCAUCAAAUAACUGCAUUCUAUGGCACAAAGCACAAACAGAUUUAAAUAUAUAUACAUUGCUUAGUAUCUGUUUAUUGACAGCAACCUGAAAAGAUGCACAAUAUCUGACAUUUUGACGCUGUGGUGAUGACAUGAAAAAGGGUUUAAUAGUUUGGGUAAAAACAAAAUUUUAGGAGCAUUAUAGUAUGUUUCUGACCAAGUUAUUUGUUCAAAUAUUAUUCAUCAUUAUAAAUUAUUUUGUACAUGGUCACUCUCCUCCUUCCUCACAAUUAUGUAUGUAUUGUCCAAAUCUUUUAAUGUAGUAUUUGGUUUUGAGAAAGACUUUAACUUGUAUGGGAUAUUAGUUUUUUGAUCUGUUUGAUAUGGCUGCUGGUAAGUGUAAACAUUGCUUUUAGAACCCAGUGGAAGCCCCAUUGUAUAGGUUCCCUUGGGUAUAAAUGGGGCUAGAGUAUAUUGCAGUACAGAGUGAACUUCAAAGGUUAAUAGCAGCCAAUAUGUAAUGUUGAUGUUACAAUAUUUCUAUCGGCAUAUUUUUGGACAACAACGUAUUAGGGGUUUCAAAUUAAUUUUCGAUAUUGUGGCUUUGUAUCUGUUUUUUAUGUUCCUCAAAACCAUACUAUUAAUAAAAUGAGCUUAAUACAAUUGAAUAGUUAAAUCUAUAGGCUUAAAGUGUAAUUUCUGUAGAAGCUUGCAAUUGGAUAGAAAGUGACCAUCAAUGUAGAGUGGAUGUCUGUAAUUUUAAUUGUUUUUAAUUAUAUAUUUUGCCACAAAGCCUUAAAUUUUUGUUCAUAAUUGAUAUAUUGUGAGUGAUUUGUUUUUUUUCAUUUAUGUUAAGUAUGAUUGCUUCUUCCAGUUUUACAAUAUCGUGCUUUGUCUUUUAAGAAGUAAAUGUGUCCAGGGUAUGCAGGUUUAAAUUUCUCUCCUUUGCUAUUUUUGGAGUCCGAGGUUUGCCAGCAAUGUGCUGAGUUGACAACUGUAUUUGUUCCUUCAGAUGAAUUACAAGAAAGCACAGAGAUGCAAGAGACAGAAUCAACCAAAAGUUGUGCAGGUUAAGACUUGACGUAUAUGCUGGAGUUUGGCAUGACUUCAGUAACUUCUGUACUGCUUAAAUGGACAGGACUAGCCAAACACCAUUAUAUGCCAUUGUGGUUUCUGGUGUUUGUAGACAUUUAUAAAGUACAUAUAUUUUGCAUUUUCUGGUGAUCACAUUUAUGGCGAUUGUAUGUUUUAUUGGCAUUCACCGAUAGAAAUCCUGCAUGUUUUGUAGUAUUGUUUGGUGUACUCCUAAAACAUACUACAUAAAGAAUGUAAAAUGGCAACUCACAUCUCCUUUUUUGUUAUUGCAUUGUGAAGAUUAUAAAAUGUGGCUUCUUGUCAUUGAUCGUGGUAAUAGGUUUUUCUAAGAAACCAACUGAAAUAUAUAUUUUAUUGCAUACAAGUCCACUGUGCUUUUUAGUAUUUUUUUUUUCCACAACAGGGGUCCUCAAACUCCGUCCCCCCAGAUGUUGCUGAGCUACAACUCCCAUGAUUCUUUGAAUUACAUAGAUAGCCAGAGAAUCAUGGGAGUUGUAGUUCAGCAACAUCUGGGGGGACGGAGUUUGAGGACCCCUGCUCUACAAUGAGGCUGUCCUCUUUUACACAUUCGGGCAAAAUGUGCUUCUUUCAUUGUGUUCUUUAUUACCUUAUUCUUUAAAUUAUAUUCUGCCCUCCCCUGAUAUAUAGUGUACCUGUCAUGGGAAAACCACUUUAAGGUUGAUUUUUAUUUAUUUUUAGAUAAUCUACACAAUGUGCUAACAGACUAGCACCCUGAAAAUGGUCUCUCUCCCAGUUCUGUCAAUUAUUCCCUGCCAUGCACUUCUAUAGAGUUGGCAAAGUGUACUGAAUUUGUUUUUUACGCAUCUUUCUUGCCUUCUGAAUUUUUAUAGCACAUAUGCAGCAAUGUGCUAUUUUGCCUAUCAUGUGCCAUUUCAAUGUCGUUCUUAUUGUGAAAAGGAGAUAAUGUUCCUUGUAAUUCGAAGUCCUUUUGUGCUUCUUUCAGAAUGAGAUUGUUCAUAGCUACUGUAACAUAAUCUGAAAUAGAAAAUGUGGGCCAUUACUAGGCAACAGUAGACAAAUAUUAAAGUUCAGUAAAUAUUUAUAGUUGUAAAUCACUGCGGAAUAGUGUUGCGCUAUCUAAUUGCUAACAAUAAUUUGUCUGAGGCAAGAUGUUAAUAAAAAUAUAUAUAGUUCUUAAUGCUUAUUUUGUAUUCUUCGGUUAGAGUUUGAACAUUGUUUCAGUGAUUUAUUUAUUAAUUUUAUUGUAAACUGUAAACUCUCAAACCUUCAUUGUGUAAACCUGUACUAUCAUCAAUUAUUUAAUUUCUGAUUUUAGCUAUUUUAUAUUGACUCUUUGCACUAUAAAUUUAUGUCCCUGUUACAUAUCGGACUUAUGAGGAAUGCUGCUUGAGCCAGCAAUGUGCUGAGCUGACCACAGUAUUUGUUCCUUCAGAUGAAUUACAUUCCCAGGCCCCCGCAACUGAUUUUGGAACUGCAACUAAUGAAAAUCUUCAUAUCGUUAAUGUGGAGGGGAAGCACACUUAAUAUUUUUAACUUAACGCUUGAGCUUAGUCUAACGCUUAAUUUGAAUUGUAAUGUAACAAACAGUGAAAUGUGUACUUGAAAUGCGUACAAAAUUUUGUUAUAUAACUUACCACACAUGACCUGUUGUAAAUAUACAUUUAUUCACUUAAGCCGGAAAACCACUUGAAUGUAAUUUAAUUUUUUUUUUUUUUUUAAACUUCAGACUGAAUUUGAGAGAUUCCUCUACAUUUUUCAACUCUGCCAAAGUCUAUUUACUCUGUUGUGUAAGCUAUUAUAUAGGAAUAUAGUGCCUGAAGUAAAACGUUUUAUAAGUGAGUGAGUGGAAAGCCCAGGCCUUCCCUCUCCCUGCCCCACCCCCCUUUUUUUUUUUUUUUAACUCCUGAGUUAUGAUUGACACGAUUUACAUCUUCUAUGCAAUGUGCUGUGGAAACCAAUGUAAAUUAAAUGCACGAUCUUCUAAUAAAAGUCUGCUUUGUGACAGAACUUUUUACAGUGGC